GGUGGUUCCUAGCUCCAGACACUCGUGGGCAUAUCGACAAGUCCACGGCGGACAUAUAUCCCCACGAGAUAGGCAACUUGCUGCAUCAUACCGAGAUCAAUUGCCCUGUUUGGAGCGUUAGUUCCAUAGAAAACUUUCCUCUGAGGCAAGCCCGGCCAACGUACACCGGGGGUAGGUUCGUUCGCUGACCAGGUGACAUGCAUAAGACCUCGUGUGGAACUGAUGGGAUCGGCCCGGUGCGGUGCACGGCAACGACGUCGAGGACGUCGCGAGCAGAGAGGUCCAGAAAAGACUAGGCGACAAGCGGAAAUAGGCUAUAGGUACCCGGGGAGUCUGGGUCGGGAAUCCAAAGCCUCCCCAGGAUGGGCGUCUAAGACUAUACGGGGUCUUAGACGCGCCGCGGCAGCGUUACGAAUUACUCGCAUAGCCGACCUUCUUUUUUUUUUAGUCGACUUCCCAGGUUACCCGUGGCGGCCAGCCCUCUUCGCGUGUAAGCUUGUUCAGGGUGACGCGCACUCCCACACAGAACAUCGCGUAGUCCGUGUGCGUGUGCGCGCGCGUGUAUGCGUGGCUCGGCUCCAACCUGUGACGCGCCUACUGGGCAAGUCUUGGCGAGGAACGAACUGCCACGCCAUGCUGGCUGUGUUGUGCUGCUGCAAAGUCAGAUGUAGGGCUGACCCGACAGUCUGGAACCGCAAACGUUUGGGGGCGGUUUUUUUCCUUCUAUUAUUCCGGACCCUCUCAUCUGUUAGUAGCGUGCACGAUGAAAAGGAUCUGGGUUGUUGGCUGUCGUUUCUGGCGGCUGCAGCGCGACAGGUCUGCCGCGUAGGCGUCGUGGGAUAGGAGGGGCCCGAGAUGCUCUUCGCCCCCCCACGCGUUUCCUCCGGGGUCGCUUUGCCGCUCCGGGAAUCGACUCGGUGCCAUCGCAUGUUAGCCGGCUUGGAUACUGCCUCUGCGUAGCCCUUGAUCGUAGGAAGCGCGAGGAAGAGAAA